AUGCAGCGUGACUUGUGGACAAGGACGACAAGAUUGCGAUACCAAAGGAUUUCUCGGUUGGCUCGGAAUAAAAUCUUGAUCUGUGUAAAUUUCAAAGCAUUCAAGAAAGCUACUCCGGAGAGUGACAAAAUAUCGUCAAAUAAUAUUACUCCUACUCUUUCAAAAAGUGAUCUCACAAACAAACUCGAGAUAAAAUUGAAUAGACUCCGACGUAAAAAUUACAAUUCGGAUCGCUAUACUAAUGAUGAUCACAAAGAGGAUGACAACAUUCGGAGACAGAUAAAACGAGCAGGCAAAAAUGAUAGAAAACCGAAAAUAUGGGAUCAAUGGGGCAAUUGGUCUACAUGCAGUGUUACUUGUGGAAUAGGAAAAAUUACGAGAUGGAGGCAUUGUAUAAGUGGAAGUUGUUCCUUAGGAGAGAAGAAAGCUCAAUUAAAAACUUGCACUUCUGCAGCAUGUUAAAAUAUUCUGAAUAGACAAGAUAGCUGUAUAA